AUGACCGUUGUGCAACCAGGAGUAUCAAGGCAAGCCAUUACCGAUUCUGGUCUCAUGAGUGUGGCUAAGAAAGAGGUGCUGACGGUGGACGAUCCUUUUGAUUCUCCGACCUACCAUAUCCUGGAAAAGCAUGUGUUUGACAAAGCAUUGAAGAGAAUUCAAGAUGACGGUCAGGUGAGGGCUACGGACAAGAAACCAGAAGCCGAGCUGCUCAUCAGCGCAUACCUAACAGAUGAAGACGGAGUCGAGCAUGUGGAGGUAAACUUCUUCAUCCGUGGGCCUCAUGGAGCCGGAAAAGUGUACACAGAGAUGUUUAAUGACAAGGCAGAUAAGGAAUGGAAGUACACAUACCUGAGCGUAGAGAUUUUAGCUCCCUCCCCAGCUAAACUGAUGCUGGAGUCUUAUUUGCUCCUAGACACAACCCUCUUAUAUCUGUUUUUGUGA